AUGACAAAUUAUGGUGUCAAGACCAUGUCGAUGGGAUAUCUCGUACCGGAGGACGAUGCUGUGGUUUGGAGGGGCCCGAUGGUUAUGAAGGCUAUUCAACAACUGCUUCACGAGGUUGACUGGGGUAAUCUCGAUGUCCUGGUCUUGGACUUGCCCCCUGGAACGGGAGACACGCAACUGACCAUCACCCAACAAAUCAUUCUCGAUGGAUCCAUCAUCGUCACGACACCUCACACACUCGCCGUGAAGGACGCCGUCAAGGGCGUCAACAUGUUCAACAAGGUCAACACUAAUAUCCUGGGCCUGGUUCAAAACAUGUCACUGUUCAAAUGUCCUCACUGCCAUGGAGAUACUCAUGUGUUCGGAUCGAACGACAGAGUCGAGCGCAUGUGCAAAGAGCAUAAUAUCAGCUUCCUGGGCGACAUACCACUCCACCCGUCAAUUGGAGACGACGCGGACCUCGGCAAACCGACUGUGGUGUCUGAACCGACAAGUGAGCGGGCAGGGAUAUUCCUCAAGAUCGCCCAGAACAUCGCUCCCAGGAUCGGCCUCCGUUCACCGUAA